GUCAGAGCAGGGCUGCAACCAUGCAUGUGGACAUUGUCUUUUUUGUGUGUCCCCUUAUUUCUGUGGCAAUGUGGAGGGGGGUCCAUGCUCGCACGCCGGCCCCCUCGGUCCCUGAUCGUGUUCAGGCUCUGGUGGGCUCCUGUGUGGUCAUCCCCUGCUCCUUCACGCCUGCAGCCUCCCCUCCCCUCUGGUGGCGAAAAGACAGGGUCGAUGUACGGAUCAGGUUCAGGGGCGGCAGUGCUCUUUUUCCUCUCCAGAGCACUGCUUUUAACAGCCAGGACAAAGAUCAAGUGAGCAGGGAUUUCCGAGGGCGGAUGUCCCUCUUCGGCCGGAUUGCAGACGGAGACUGCUCGGUGAAGAUCGAAACGGUCAGGCAGGAUGACCCGCGGGUGUUCGAGGUGGCUCUAAAGAAAGGUGGAGACUCACUGUGGGGGAAGCCAAGGAGCUUUCAUUUGGAUGUUACUGAUACCCCUGAGCCCCCCGUCAUCAGCGGCAUGUUAUCGGCAACAGAGGGACAGCUGGUGACCCUCAACUGCUCUGUGAGCUAUCACUGCCCCUCCAGGCCGCCCGCCCUGCAGUGGAGGUGGGAGCGAGGGGUCCGGAUGAAUGGCAGCGAUCCCGGAGCAGUGCAGACCCUGUCCCCUGAGCCAAACAGGCUGGUGUUACUGGCCCCCCUGUCCUUCACUGUGUCCCACCAGGUGAAGCCCAGACUCCGGUGUGAGGUCAUUUACCCGGGGGCCAAAACGUUAGCCACAGCCAAAGAUCUGCAUGUGACAUUUUCUCCAAAAGACGUGAAGGUUCAGGUCCAGACUUUGACCGUGCAUGAGGGGGGCAGCGCCUUACUGGUGUGCUCUUGCAAAGCUGACCCCCCGGCCUCAGAGUACCGCUGGUCCUACACCCAACGCGGUCAAACCGUGCACCUCCAUCAGCGUUUGCACGCGGUGCGGAUCAUGAACGUGACCAGAGACACGCGGGUGCGCUGCUCGGCCCAGAACCUGAUCGGACGGGGGGAGUCCAAGCCCACGCUGCUAAACAUACAAUAUAAACCAGCCAUCCUCCGGCUCUCCUCCUCCUGUGUUGUGGAGGAUUCAAAGGUGCUGUGUCAGUGUUUAGUGGAGUCCAACCCCAAACCUGCCGUCACCUGGAGCAUUAACGGGACGGUACCACCUCAUGAUUACAACGUCUCUGUAACAUCAGAGCCCACCAUGCUGACAGCAUCCCUGAGGGGCCACAUGGACAAACCCCUUACAGUGAUGUGCUUUGCUUUCAACGCUCUUGGAAACGACUCGCUGGUUUUGCUGCAGGGAGAAGAAGAGACAGCACCUUUGUUGUGGUUGGCUUUACCUGCUUCAGCCAUCUGCCUGGUGAUAUCCCUAAUGUCCCUUCUCAUCUACUGCUGCCGAAAGAGAGCAGAGAAGUAUUUUGAGAAGGAGGAACAGGUGCACAGCAUUGAUAUUGGAAAUGAAGGAUCAGCUUUCGUGGAAGUGUUGGUGGGAAACUCCUCGGCUGUCAAAGACCAGGACUAUGAGGUUCUUCUCGUCACUUCUUCCUUCAUGUCCCCCACCGAGAGCCGCAACAGCACCAACAUGAACCGGGUGCGGUUCUUUGGUCCCACCCAGCUCCAGAAGAGCACGGCUCAGGAGAAAUGGGACCGAGUUAAAAUUGUGUGCAGCCAGCCAUACAGCAAGAACAUAGCGUAUGGGAUUGCAUUUGUGAAGUUCCAUUCACCACCUGACAAAAAUGACCCCCCGGUCUCCUCUCCUAAACUGACAAAGCUGGGACAGUUCCGGUUGAAGGAGGACUCUCCUUCAUCUGGGGCCAGCCUGCAGCCUGGCAGUCUGUUCUUCAGUCGGGACCAAACACCAAAGCCUAGUACCCCGCUCAAAGUCUCGCCUCAGAGUGACAAGUUGAGCUAUGCGGCGGCUGCUCUCCAGGCAGGUGGCAGCUCUCACUCAUCAGGCCAAGCUUCCUCCUCCACCUCGGCCUCACCACAGCCACCAGCAAAGAGAAAGUUUGAGUUCAGCAAGGAGCGGCAGUCUGCUCCAGGCCCUCCUCCCUCAAAGAAGAUGAGCCCUGCUGGUUCGCCUGAAAGCAAAGCUGCGACCCCCAAACUCAAGCCCAGCCCGGCCAGCACGUCCAGCCCAAGCAGCGGCAAAGCGUCUUCAGCCCAAAAGUCUGCCGAGAAGAAGAAGGAGAGUCAGUCUAAACCAGAGCCCGCACCCAGACAGAAGACGAAAGCCCAGAGUGAGCAGCAGGUCCCGUUCAAAAAGAUCAUGGAGGGCGUGGUGUUUGUCCUCAGCGGCUUCCAGAAUCCCUUCAGAGGGGAGCUGAGGGAAAAGGCCCUGGACAUGGGAGCCAAGUAUCGGCCUGACUGGACGCCUGACUCAACACAUCUUAUCUGUGCCUUCGCCAACACCCCAAAGUACAGUCAGGUGAAGUCAGCAGGUGGCAUCAUCGUACGGAAGGAAUGGGUGAUUGACUGCCAUAAAAGGAAGCAGAAGAUCCCACAUAAACGGUAUUUGAUGGAUGGGGCCGGGUCGAGCUCGGAGAGCGAGAUGGAGGUGGACGAUCAGAGUGAAGAGGAAGUAAACACAAAGACUCCACAGAAACAGCAGAGACACGUCACCCCUAAAAAGACGCCACAAAAGAGUGAUGAGGAGGAUGAAUAUGCUGGCUCCACUGAUAUGGAGGAGACAGGAGGGAAUAAUGGCGACGAUUCUGCAGUGGACACAGAGGACGAGCUGCAGAGAGUGGAGGAGGUGAGCAGGCAGAAGAAGGCGGCUCUGAAGAAGGCGGCGGUGGAGGAGGAGGACCCGUACGGGGGCUCCACCGACGAAAACACGGACGCCGAGGCGGAGGAGGAUCACCCCAUCCCCGAGCUACCAGGUCUGACCACAGUCCACACGCACCCGAACCGGUCCGAGGUGUUUCCCUCCCUCCCUCCCGUGCUCCCCCCCCUUCACUUCCUGAGCGGAAAACGCUUUUUCCUUUACGGCAAAUUCCCCGACAACGAGAGGCGGCUGCUUCUGCGGUACAUCGUGGCUUUUAACGGAGUGAUGGAGGAAUACAUGACUGAUAAGGUGCAGUUCGUGGUGACCAGUGAAGGUUGGCAGGACUCCUUUGAAGACGCCCUCAUGGAGAACAGCAAUCUGAACAUCGUGAAACCUGCCUGGAUUUACGCCAUCAAUGACCGGCAGAAGCUGCUGCCCUACCAACCCUACACCGUGGUGCCCUGACCGGACAGGAGGGCGCCCGCUCACUUCAGGCCCUGGCCAAGAAGCAGCAGGGAAAAGCCAUAAACGUGCUUUCUUUUUCACAGUCUUUCACUCAGAAAAAGCAAUAAGCCGACCGUUUCCUUGGUGUUUUGUCUUACAAAGUGUUAAUAAAUUGUCUUCAGGCCUGUAGAUGUUUCCUUGACUGAUCGGGGGUGAAAUUCUCUGAUAAGUUGUAUCCAUAGAGGUAAAUCUUAGGUUUAGUUGUGUUGUUUUUUUGUAGCUUCCCACUUUCAGAGUCAUGUGACAGAAAGACCACAACGCCAUUGGUCACCUGCUGCCAUCUACCUGGACGUUAUGGAAAAAAAGGCAGCAGCUCCGGGCCACAGGCGGGGCCCAACAUGAGGAAUCGCCCUGUCCCGAUGAGACCGACCCGAGGAAGCUGAUUAGUUUUCUAAGCGAUUGAUCCAAAGUCAGGUGAAAGGCAGCAGUUAUUUAAGGUCACAGCCGAUUCUUUCAAGAACAAGAAAAAAAACACUAAAAAAGCCUGCAAACGAAAGUUGGUUUGUUUUGUUUUCCCUCUCUCUUUUUAUUUCACUGGUUUUACUUCACGAUUGACUUUUCCAAAAAAUUUCUCUUUAACGUUUCUACAUUUAAUUGAUGUAGUUUGCUCACAAAUCUUUAAUUCUUUGUUUAUUUUUCUUUGGUUGUUGUUACAGUAGUGCUUUAAAAAAAAAUUGGUCUAAAUAAAAAAAGAAG